ACAAGUCACGCGCUUCCGUGAAUGACGGAAAGACUUCGCGGGGUUUUGCUUUUAUAAACUUUCAAAAAAUAAGCGCCUCGUCGUGUUUUUAUGCGAAAAUUAGGCACACGUCAUUUUGAGGAUCGCAGACUCUAAAGCGCACGGAAGACCCUCAGACACAAGAAUGAUACCAAGCCAGAGCAAUCAGUUGGAGAAUGCUAUCGACGAGGGGUUGAAGAGUGGGAAUGCCCAAACCCUGCACGUAUUCUUGCAAACGGACAUAUAUGAGGAGAUCCCAGUGAAAUGCUCCCAACAGUUUCUUACCAAAUUGGAUAAACUUGUCAGCAGGUGUUUGGAUCAAAAAGAUGCCACAUCAGCCAGUUGGGCUCUCGCCUGCCUCUCUAAGUGUGGGAAAAACUUGAAACUACCAGGUGGCCAAGGACUGUCUGGACUAAUAGCUCAAGGCCUGAUCAAAAAGAUGGUGGAGUGGUUUGAGAAAUGCAGGCAGCUGUGGCUCCAGUGUGGCCUGCAGUGGGACGAGACCUUAUUCACACUCUCCGAGGACUUCUUAAACGCCUUAAUGGAGGUACACGAAGCAUGUAAAGAGGGAACAUGGGAAAUCACUGAGUGCUUCCUGAAUCCCAUUGGUCAGUUGGUAGUGGACCCCAGAAUAUACAUCCUGAUUAAGAAAGAGGCAAUUCGUAAAUUUAACCUAAUUCUCGACAAAAUCCCAGUGGAGCUUCAGGAAGACAGGAAGAUCCUAACAUCACUGGAGUCCUCAGAUCUCAUGAUCAAACUAGCUUCUCAAAUACUGGAUGGUGGUGAUUAUGACUUCCAGUCUUCCCUGAUGGAGGCACUGUGCAGAAUGGCCACUCCUAACCAGAGGAGAGAGUUGGCAGAUCAAUGGUUCAGCAUGGGGCAUGUGGCCAACGCUUUUGCAAAGAUCCGUGAUUCUGAGUUUGAGACGGCUUGCCGCAAGUUUCUGAACAUGGUGAACGGGAUGCAGGGAGACAGGAGAAGAGUGUAUUCUUAUCCGUGUUUGGAAGUUUAUCUGGGCAAGUAUGAGCUGCUAAUGCCAUCAGAUGAGAAUCUUGAGGAAUUCUGGAUUGACUUUAACCUUGGCAGCCACAGCAUCUCCUUUUACUUCUCCUUGACUGAUGAAGAGACACAGGAGGGCCACUGGGAAACAAUAUGCAUCAAUGAGAAUGAAGUCCAGAGCUACACAGUCACAGCGAAGGGCAAAAGGCAAAUCUUGCAAGUAAAGCUGUCAGAGGUGGUGGUUGUUGGUUCAGUGGAAGGAUCCAGUCUCACCAUCCAUUUCAGCUCCCCUCUGGACAUCCAGCGGGCUGCUCGUAACGUCUAUGGACUCAAGACAAACAAAGGCACAUCUGUAUCAAAAACUACAAUUAAAACUAUAACAGAGGUGAACAGCACGCAGGUUGUUCCAGAGAGCCAGGUGUCCCUUGGAGAAAGCGAGAAAAGCACGGCCCCCUACCUUCUGCCUCCUCCGGCAACACAUGUACAGAUGGUGACCCCUGCCAAGUCGAGGAUUCCAGACUCCACCAUCUUAGUUUGCUGCAGUUCUGUAGGAAGUGCACACAGCGGCAGUUCUGUCGCUGUUCGGCCAUCAAACACACCAGCCAAAGGCAAGGAUAAGUCAUCGCAGGAGAUGGUCCAAUUGCGUGAAGCAACCGUUAAGACUUGCAGUCAUAACUCAAUACUUGGACGCGCAAAUGCAGUUGGUAUGGAAGAAAAGUUGGAUUCAUCUCAACUGAGCAAAGCCUCCAAACAGCGCGUCAAGAAUAAGACGGACAAAUAUAAAAAGAACACCUCAGUGGCAGAAGCAGUAGAUUUAGUUCUGUCUGGACAAGGAGAAGAAAAAUGUCUGGAGCAUGGUUUUGUGCCUGACACCCAGCCCAGAAAGGAGAGAAACAUAUCUUCUAAUUGGAAGAAUUUGUCAAUUUCUGAAAUGCUAUUGAUGCCCUCCAAGAAAAAUAGUCCUCUGCCACAACCUGAACCUCAUUCAAAUGUGGUGGGGAAGCAGGACCAGUGUCCAUCCUCAGCACAGAGAUGGUCAGUUUCAAACUCAACCUUUGUCCAUCAGAAGGAGCUCCACAUCAAAGUCACCGAGCUUCUGCAGCAGGUUGUCGAGAGACAUCAAAAUCCUACACCUCAGGAGCCAGCUGCACUCGAGAGAAAAUCGUCUAAUGUCAGAGGAGACUCUAAAGACAGAAGCUCAAGAGACGAGCAUGUUUCUACAUUGUGUAGUCCCAAAGUGCAGCAGACCCCGAGAAAUAGCUCUGCUGAAGGGAAGAGAAAAAGCCAGACAUCACUGAAGCCAGAUGCUGUCAAAGCACAGGAGAGAAUACCAACCAAACCUGAGGUUGAAACUAAGAGGACCUUUACAAGCAAAGACAUGAGAGAUCCAGAAGUUGCAGGCAACAUGGUGAAGCUCAUCGCUAGCCGUUAUGACAGAAAAACCCAAUCCACAGACAAAGGCACUGCACAAACAGUUCGUCAGAGCUGGAGCCGUCCUCUUGUCAACAGACCAAUCUUCAAUAUGAGCUGGUUACCAACUGCUAAAAAAGAAACAUCUGGAGCUGUCAGAAAGAGAAAUUCAGUUUUUGAAUUCAGUACUUAUACGCUAUUGAGCAUUGGGGGAGAAAACAAAACCCAGACCAACACCUCUGCCAUGUCAAGCAGUGACAUCCACAGCUCUUCACUACUCCUGAACACAAACAAGAAAGGACAACCUGUGGGGAAAAACAAGCGGUACGUGAAAAACCAUCUGUUCAGUGACACGGAUACGGACAAUGCCCAGACAGAGGUCAGCUGGCUGAGAGAGUCAUCCAGGAAACCCAAACCCAAAAUUACCAAAUACUCUAGGCAGGCGCCCAAGAAACCCAAAGCUAUCCCACUUCAUACGUCAUAUGAAUCUCCAGAAUCACUCCACCCCUCUCCAAAAACUGUAACAGAUGACACCAAACCCAAGAAGCCCUAUUUGGAGACUGGGUUGGAUAAGCCAAAGAAGACAGUGAAGCCAGCAGCAGCACCCAGCAGACCACAUGCAGCUGGCAAGAUGCCCAGGAGAGCUGCAGCCAUGUCUACCAAAAGCUACAGGGUGCCGGAUACAGAUGACAGCCAGUCACCACCAGAGAAGUCUCCCAGUCCCAAGGUCUCCUCCACUGAUCAUCUGAAAAAUAAUGGGGAAACUCAUGAGGCUGCCCAAAUGAAGAUGAAGAAGGCAACCAGUAAACAAACAAACAAAAGCUAUAUGCAGCCACUGACAGAGUCUGUGUCAGAGAAGCAACCUCCUUCCAAGAAAUAUUUUCUCGGCCAGGGAGGGAAGAGUGAGAAGAAGUGGUCAAUAGUACCACUGGGAAUAAAGAGCAAAAACACCUUCUCUGAGCAAUCCACUGCUAGCUACAUGAGACAAGACGGCAACAAGCAGUCAGAUUUGAAAGAAACAUCUGGUGUCAAGAAAUAUUUUCUCGGCCAGGGAGGGAAGAGUGAGAAGAAGUGGUCAAUAGUACCACUGGGAAUAAAGAGCAAAAACACCUUCUCUGAGCAAUCCACUGCUAGCUACAUGAGACAAGACGGCAACAAGCAGUCAGAUUUGAAAAAAACAUCUGGUGUCAAGCUGAGGCCUGAGAACGUUCUUCAAGAAACUUCGAAGUUGAAUAAGAAAAAUGUCAUCCCUGCUGAAGAACAGAUGAGUGCAAUGAAGGAUUCCUGGGCUGCCUGCCAGACCUCUUUCUGUCCGUCUCCUCCUUUCAUCGAGAAGAUGAGAUCUGCUGAGAGGUCAGCCCCAACAUUGGAUUUGACCUGCUCCCCGGUCCUCAGCCCACAGGGAUCCCCGCUCCCUGCCUCCCCGAACCUUCUCUGCCAGGACACCCCCUCGCCGAUCCUGCUGCUACCCAAACCUCGCUCCACAGCCAGCAGUAAAGGAAACUGCAAGCCCUCGUUUUUCUACAGUGCAGAGAAAAAGCACAGCACAUCCAAGACUCAGUGCAUCCAGUCUGUCCCCUCCCUCUCUUCGCUGGGAGGUCAAACCUUUGCACCCAGUCCUCCCAGUAGACCUGGUGCAGCAGAGGUGUGUACAGUCAAGCAGCACCUGUCCUCUGCACCUCAGUCUCCUUUGUCCCUGUCCACUCGGCCCCUCUUGACGUCUACACUCCUUGACUUGGACAGGCCACCUGUGCCCUCUCCUGCUCAGUCACCUUUCCCUGAAGAGAGCAUUAACUAUGCUCACCACUCUGGUUUCAGUAAAGUGUCUUCAGCGUCCCUAGUUUCACUGAGCCCAUCGUCCACUAAGUCAUUAAUAGCGAUGAGCAGAGUGAAGGACAGCCCCACCGGUUCCCUGACUGAGCCUCUUAAAACAGAGAAAAGGCCACGUUCAGACCGAGACCUCCAGCUUAUGUCAGGACCCAGUCGCAAGCGGCACUUCUCCUCAUCCAGUGAUUCUGAGGAAGAUGAGAAGGAAGGAAGAAAGAAAAGCAAGAUGAGAGAGCAGGGUUCUAUUCGGAUGAAGCCAAGAAAAUUGUUCAAAUCCCCAACUAGAUAUCAUGGUCAGGCCCAGAACUGGGGAGAGCAGCAAGAGGACAACAAGAAAAACUGGCCAAAGGGAACUGUGAAAGUUAUCAGGAAGAGAAAGUCAGAAGAGCGUAAAUAUAGCAAGGAUAAGACCUCAAGAGACACAACUCAUGGUAAAGUCGCUGAGGUGUCUGGUGUGGACGAGUUGAGCCAGGUGAUGUCUUAUUCCCACCUGAGCUCCAGUCCGUGGGAGGCUGAAGUGGUGGACGGAGACAUGGACAUGGAUGAGGAUUUAGAGUUGCCAGAAAGCUCUAACCGUCACAAGGUGGAGGUUAACAACGAAGAGUCUCUGAAGACCCUUCAGCAGCACAUCUCCUCCAUUAAUAAGCAAAUUAACAAACACAGGAGUGAAAAACAGGUACACCUUCAGAACGUCCUCUUGGAAGAGAUGCACAAAUUGGAGCAGCAAAUCGCACUGCUAGAAAGCAUGGAGAAAGACCUGGCUAAUUACGCUAAAAAGCAGACUCUGGCUUUUCAUUACCAGGAGCAGGAAACCAAGAGAAUGGAGACCUUGAAGAGAGCCCUCCAGAGCAACAUGUGUCCCAGCUUGGAGUAUGAGGAGAAAAUCUUCACAUCCCAGAUGUGCGAGAUAAAAAAAAGCUUGAAGUCAGUUCAGGAUGGACUCCUCAGAGAGAUGCUUGAGGGGCAGGUCCAGAGUGUGAAGAGAGGACUGCAUGCUUUGUUUUUCCCGUAGUUCAGCUCUACAGAUUUUAAGUCAAGGUGUUUGUUUUUUCAAGUUCUGCUUUUAUUGUAGAAGUUAGAUUUUGUUCUUACAUAUUGGAAGUGUUGUGUUAUUCUGAUGUUUAUUAUCUGAGAAAGGUUAUAAAUUCAAUCAUUUUUGGUAUUAGUGUUUGUAAGGGAAUGUGUUUCUACAUGUAUUUAACAGCUUUUGCUCAUAUUUGGAAUCUCAAUUAAUUCUCGUAGGUUAUUUAGGUACAGCUAAACAUUCAAGAUCUUUAAUGUAUCAGUUCCUUCAAUGUUAAUUUAAAAU